GUGUAGGCUUUUAUCGUUCGGCUUCGGCACGCGGCCUAGUUAAAAAUACGACCACUGUGAAAGGAAUCUUGCAUCGUUCGUGUUUUGUCCCCUGCUGCUCUUUUUCUUCAGAGUCUAGAGAGAAGCGGUUCAGACAGACAGAGAGAGGCAGGAGCUGCCCUGCACUGCAUGCUUGCUCUGCUUGUGGAUUGGAUUGGAGUGGAGUCGGAGAUGGUCAGAUGGAUGUGUAUAUAAGGGAAAGCUUGUGGCCUUUGGAGCCAUACAAUGAUCAGGAACUGGGAGUGGCAAGCGCCAAGGAGUAGUUAGAGCUCAGUAGGGAUACAGCAGUUUCUGAGUCACUUCGUCUCUGACAUCCACGAGUACCAGCUAUACCAGUUUUGAUUCCACUCUGAUUUGCUCAUCAAGCGUCAAUGCUCCCUCCAAUCAUUCUUAAUCUCAGGAAGUUAGCAGUGAGAUGCUUUCAGUCACACUUGUUUUAGUCUUCUCCUUUCAGAAGGCUGAUAGUCUUAGCCUUAUACCGUUGGUCUUCUCUAUUUCUCUCCUUCCUCUGCAUGCAAUGUUGCAUUUCUCGAUUCCAGUUCAGAGACUUCCAUUCCUAGAGUUGCGUGGUACUCACCUCUUGUUUAAAUCCACUUCAUUGCAUGCAGGUUGAAAGAGAUAGGAGUGAGAGGCAGUUCCCUUCCCUACUCUCACAAUGCCCAUGGAGCAAGCAUCCAGGCACUGCGAUAAAGACACGCUGAAGAUGGCCAUGCUGAAACACGAAGAGACUUUCAGACAGCAAGUUCACGAGCUCCAUCGCUUAUACAGGAUCCAGAAGCUCCUGAUGCGAGACCUCACACGGGAGCUCAAGCUCAAGAGCCAGAGGAGCCUGCCCACCACCUCGCCGAACGGCAGCUGCGCCGAGUACAGCAGAGGGGCUCUCGGCAUGUGCGCCUACGAGCGCCUCUACGCCGCUCUCGGCCGCGGCGGACACGUAGCAGCAGCAGCGACGCCGACGCCGACGCCGCGCACCGCUCUCGGCCUCGACGUCGUGGCGCCAGUCGUCGAGUACGUGCGGAGCGCGGAGGAGGAGGACGACGACGACAGGGCGGAGGAAACCGACGAAGACGCGGAGCUGGAGCUCACGCUCGCGGUGGGCGGAGGCGGGGCCAAGAAGCGGUACGACGAGUACCCGUCCGGUGGGGAGAGUCUGUCUUCGUCGUCCACGGAGUCCGACGUGCUCACCGUCUCCGGCCGUGAGUGGCGUCGGGCGCGCGGCACGCCGUAUCACAAGAUGAGGCCGGCGACCGGGCUGGACGUGGUGCAGGUGGAGGACGACGUCGGGGUGCCGCCGCCGCUGCUGUUCCACUGGCUCAGCCUCAAGAUGGCAUGACGCGAUGCGAGGAAGCAAGAGCACAUUGCAUGUGUGUUCGUUGCUGCUUGCUGUGUCAGGGUGUUGACUUGCUACUGUUCUUCAGUUGAAUGCUUUUGUGUGUUAGGUUUUAGUGGUGGAUCAAGUCUAGAAAUCAAUAAUUGGCUGGCUGUUCAUGAUAACAUGUAGGAGAGUCUUCCCUAACAUAAGCCGGGUGUGGGGGCCUUUCAGAUGAAGCUGUGUGACUGACUUUCUGCCAACUACAAUCUGCAAGUGUUACCUUC